AUGAGGCCGAUUCUUCUCUCGGGUCACGAGCGCGCCCUUACCCAGUACAAUGCUGAUGGCGACAUCAUCUUCUCCGUUUCCAAGGACCAUGUUGUCUGCGCUUGGUAUUCACACAACGGCGAGCGGAUAGGAACAUACCACGGACACCAGGGAGCGCUAUGGACCGUCGACGUAAACCCAUCCACCGAGCUGCUGGCCACUGGUGGCGCCGACAACACCAUGCGAUUAUGGCACGUCCCGACCGGCAAGCUUCUGCACACCUGGGAGUUCAACACCAGUAUCAAACGCUGCGAAUUCUCUCCCGACGGAAGGCAGUUGCUUGGUGUUACCGAGAAGCGAUCCGGACACCUCUCGACCAUCUGCGUCUACGAAAUCAACCCCGACCCUGAGGCGCAACAAUCAGACGAACAGUUGCUCAGGAUUGUGUGCGACGAAUCCAAGGCGACCGUUGCGGGCUUCUCAUACCUCGCCAAGUACAUCAUCAGUGGACACGAAGAUGGCUCAAUCACCCAGUGGGACGGCAAGACCGGAGAACUCCUUAGCUCAAACUACGACGCACAUGAGCCAGACAUGCAAAUCACCGACAUCCAAUGGGCACCUGACAGGUCGUACUUCAUCACCGCAAGCAAGGACAAGACGGCAAAGCUCAUCGAUGUCGAGGACCUUAGCGUUCUGAAGUCAUACGUUGCAGACACUCCGCUGAACUCUGCAGCAAUCACACCAGUAAAGGACUACGUUAUUCUUGGAGGAGGACAGGCCGCUAUGGAUGUUACCACCACUUCGGCACGCCAAGGAAAGUUCGAGGCCCGUUUCUACCACAAGAUCUUCAUGGAGGAGAUUGGUCGCGUACGUGGCCACUUCGGACCCCUGAACUAUGUUGCUGUACAUCCAAAGGGCACGAGUUACUGCAGUGGAGGAGAGGACGGAUACGUACGUGUGCACCACUUUGACAAGCCAUACUUCGACUUCAUGUACGAGGUUGAGCGCGAGGCUGCGCGUGAGGCUGCGCAAGCAAACUUGUAA